AUGUUAUUGAUACGUUUUGAGAAAGAAAUGAUGAUGGUAUUUUUCAGUUACACUGAAUAUAAUCUAUUCGUGAACAACGUACCAGAGGAUAUGGACGAUGCAGCAUUGUUUUUGAUAUUCGGUGAACGGUAUCAUUCAUGUCGUGGCGCAAAAGUUUAUCGCAAUUCGGAUGGUACCUCAAAAGGACUUGGUUUCGUACGGUUCUCUGAUCAGACUGAUCAACAACGAGCACUUUUGGAAAUGAAUAAGUAUCGAGUGGAUGGGCGACCAUUAUUGUUGAAGUUGGCACAACCGAAGUACCGUGCCCCGAAGCAGUCAAAACAACCACACAUACAACAGCAACAACAGCCAUAUCCAAUGCAUCUACCACAACAGAUGAUGCCACAACAUCCACAAAUAACUAACUUAUAUGAUCCGUCUUCAUCAAACUAUUAUAUGCAUCAUCAGGUUUGUCAUCCUUUCUCAAGAUUGUUUAAUCGGUUGACAUUUGUGUUUGGUUUGAGGAUUUUUGCAGUUCAGAAAGGAUUUUGUGUUCAAUUUUCAGAUGGCUCCAACAAAUUAUUACGAUCCAAUGUCAGGUGCAGGUGCAUAUCAUCCUCAACCGCAAAUGCCGUCUUACAUGAACCAACCCUAUCCAUCCAAUCAGAGUCUACAGCAACAUCAACAACAGCCACAACAACAACUACAACAAUAUCCACCAUAUAG